UGGUGAGACUUGAGAGGAGAGUUAAAUAGUGAUGAUAUAUUUUUUGUUUUUCAAUUUUUUUUCAGAUCAUUAAACACAACAUACAUUUAUCACCAACCAUUUUUUAUGUCCCUGUUUAAUUUACUCCUCCAUGAAAAUUACCUAGGAUUCAAUUUUCGUUCUUUUCCAUUUUUGGGCAUGUGUUUUAGUUUGAAAGGAUAUAUAGAGAUAUAUAGUGAGUAGUGUUAGUUUUGAAGAGAUAAAUGUGUUGUUUUUAUAAUAGAAUUAAUUAAGAUGCUUUUGACACAUCGAAUUCUGAAUUACAAGAGAUCAUCAGUGUCUUUUUAAUCCUUAUAAUUUUGAGAGCAAGGUUGUUUUGACGAGGAGAAGAUAUUUGAUAGAACAAUGAAAGGGUGGUAGGGUGCAAAAUCUUUGUUGGGAAUUAAGAGUUAUUUAUAAAUGGCUGCGUCAGUGGGUGGAAGUAGGCUUCAAAGCAUGUUGCAAGCUGCAGUUCAAUCUGUUCAAUGGACCUACAGCCUCUUCUGGCAACUUUGUCCACAACAAAUGAUUUUGGUUUGGGGCGAUGGUUACUACAAUGGAGCAAUUAAGACAAGGAAGACAGUGCAACCAAUGGAGGUUAGUGCUGAGGAGGCAUCUCUCCAAAGAAGCCAACAGCUCAGGGAACUCUAUGACUCCUUGUCCGCCGGAGAGACGAAUCCGCCCACUCGCCGCCCUUGCGCCGCCUUGUCGCCGGAGGACCUAACGGAAUCCGAAUGGUUCUAUUUGAUGUGUGUCUCAUUCUCAUUUCCUCCUGCUGUUGGGUUGCCGGGAAAGGCAUAUGCUAGGAGGCAGCAUGUAUGGCUCACAGGUGCAAACAAAAAAAUGAGAAAAAUAAUACUAAUUUUACAAAAAUGAUUUGUGCCAUGCAAAUUACAGACCGUGGUGUGCAUUCCUCUAUUGGACGGUGUCGUUGAGUUUGGCACAAUAGAUAAGGUUCAAGAAGAUAUUAAGUUUAUCCAACACGUGAAGAGUUUUUUCAUAGAACACCACCACGCCUCCGUCCAUCCUCCGCCGCCGCCAAAGCCAGCCCUCUCAGAGCACUCCACCUCCAAUCCUGCAUCCUCAUCUGACUGCCUCAUUUAUACCGUAACGGACCCACCAUUUCCUCCGCCUAACCUUACCAAUGAAGACAAUAUGGAAGAAGACCAAGACAAUGAGGAAGAAGAAGAGGAAGAGGAGGACGAGAAUGAUGAAGAAGAAGAACCCAUAUUGGACUCUGAAGAUGAAAAGAGACGAAAUAAUAAUAAUGUUUCAGGUGGAAUUACAGAACCAAGUGAGUUGAUGCAAUUAGAAAUGUCUGAAGAUAUUAGAGUUGGAUCACCUAAUGACGGAUCAAAUAAUCUUGAUUCCAAUUUUCAUUUACUAGCCGUUACCGAAGCAGAUAAUCAGUCGGGUCAAGUCGACUCUUAUCGAGUUGACCCGACCCAAAGAUGGGAUCCAAUUCAAAGCCCUUUGGAUCAGCUCCAAGUUCAACUACCAGUCUUUUCACCUAUAGAAGAUCAAAUAUUGACACAAGAAGAUGAUCACUAUUCUCAAACCGUAUCAAGCAUCCUCCAAAACCAAUCAACCCGUUGGGUUGACUCUCCUUCAAUAGCAUGCUACGUCACUUGCUCCAACCAAUCAGCAUUCGCCAAGUGGACAUCCCUCGUCGCCGACGAACAUCUCCACGCCGCCACGGUCGACGGCUCCUCCCAAUGGCUACUAAAAUACAUCUUAUUUACCGUGCCCUACCUACACUCCAACAAAAACAAUGAAGAAAACAAUAGUUCUCCAAAUAACACAAACCCUACCAGCUCAGCCGGUCCGUCAGACCGGCUGCGCGGAGGGGGAAAAGGCAGUGGCACUCCGCAAGACGAGCUGAGUGCAAACCAUGUCCUGGCGGAGCGCCGCCGCCGUGAGAAGCUAAAUGAGAGAUUCAUCAUCCUAAGAUCACUUGUCCCAUUUGUUACCAAAAUGGACAAAGCUUCAAUUUUAGGUGACACAAUUGAAUAUGUGAAACAACUUAGAAGGAAGAUCCAAGACUUAGAGGCACAUAUCCGACAAAUGGAAGCUGAACAACAACGUUCGAGGACACCAUCAACAACAAUUGAAGUUCACCAUUGUGGCUCCUCCAACAAGGAGCAACAACAACACACGGUUGUGGUAGGGCAUGAGAAGAGGAAGGUGAGGAUUGUGGAGGGGACGAAGACCGCAACCAAGGUGGUGGCGGCGGCGGCCACAGAGGCAUCGGUGCAGGUUUCGAUUAUAGAGAGUGAUGCAUUGUUGGAGUUGGAGUGUAGUCAUAGGGAAGGGUUACUACUUGAUGUGAUGUUGGUGUUAAGAGAGAUGAAGAUUGAGGUUAUUGGGGUUCAAUCCUCACUCAACAAUGGAGUUUUUGUGGCUGAAUUGAGGGCCAAGGUUAAGGACAAUAAUUCUGGGAAGAAGGUUAGCAUUGUGGAAGUCAAGAGGGCAUUAAAUCAGGUUAUACCCCAUACUGGUGAUUAAUUAGGUUUUAAAUUAAAUCAGGAUUAUUAGGAUGAUUUUUUCCUUAAUGUGAAUUACUAGCUAGGUGUUAUGUAUAAGUUGAUGUUUAAGACCUUAAAUUUAUGGGCCAUUUAUUAUUAUAUUGAAAUUUUCUUAGAUCAAAUG